AUGACAAACGGAAAUGACACCGAAACCCACAACAGCCGAGAAGAGAAGAGGCUGAGAUGCUCACCAACAGUCGACGGCAGGGGACAACGGCGAAUGAGUUCUUCCGAACUGAAGAAACCACCAACAAGGAGGAGCCACUCAGGCACCAGAUCUCCAUCAGAGACUCUUCCAGCUGCAAAAUCCGAAACCCAAGCAGAGCAAAGCAAGACUAGAGAGGAGAAUCCAAGAUCCGAGAAGAAGAGCAACCGCUCCGAAAUUUGA